AUGACAUUAGAAGUCACUGAUGAGCAGAUGAAGGAGAUGGGCUGGAGCAAAUACAACCUUGCUGAUCUAAAUAAUUGCCUCAAACAAUUUAGCAUCAAUACUGUAGAAAGCCUUCGCCAUUUCUUAUCCCAAUGUUCUCAUGAAUCCGUGCAUGGAAACUUUGUUAAGGAACUAGCAAGCGGAGAUGCUUACGAAAAUCGUAAAGACCUUGGAAAUGUUAAUGAAGGCGAUGGUAAAAAGUUCAAAGGAGCUGGAUAUUUGCAAUUGACUGGAAGAUCAAACUAUCAGCAAUUGGCUGAUAAAAUUGGUGACAAGGAUGUUAUGAAAGGAGUUGAUUACGUUGCAGCGAAUUAUCCAUGGACAUCUGCCGCAUUUUGGUGGCAAAAAAAUGGGAUGAACACAUUAUGUAAUUCAGGUGCUACUGUUGAACAAGUUACGAAGAAAGUCAAUGGUGGACAAAAUGGUCUUGAAGAUCGCAAAAAAUACUAUGAAAAAGCGAGCCAAAUCUGGUUAACAGAGGCAGAAAAGAAGGCAAAAGAAGAAGCAGAAAAGAAGUAA